ACUGUUGAGUAUCAUCAUUACUUGAUUGCUAUUUUUGCUGCUCAAUUGCUUGUCAAAAUUAUCACCACUGAGAUUCUGUUGACGUCACUUGACUGUUGUAUUGUUAUUGUGUGUGACUGACUGAUUGAUUGAAUUUGCAAACAAUCAACAAAAAAUCAUCUUGAAAUCUAAGGAACAUAACCAUUUCCUAUCGGUGAAUCAUUUUUGAUGAUGAUGAGUAACAAUGAAAUUCAUACGUUCGGCGUGGAGCCAAUCACAACACAUGCAUUCAAUUCGAAUAAAGAUAAAUUGGCCGUAUCACCAAACAACCAUGAAGUACAUAUUUACCAUAAAGAAAAUGGUGGCAAAUGGAAUCUAAAUAGUUCGUUGAAUCAUCAUGAUCUUCGUGUGACCAGUAUUGAUUGGGCCAAACGAACCAACCGAAUUGUAACCUGUUCGGCCGAUCGAACCGGCUAUGUUUGGACAUUGGUGGAUGGUGUUUGGAAACCGACAUUAGUAUUACUGCGAAUAAAUCGUGCCGCCACUUGUGUUCGAUGGUCACCUAAAGAGGAUAAAUUUGCUGUGGGUUGUGGUGCCAAACUGAUAUCGGUCUGUUAUUUUGAACAACAAAAUGAUUGGUGGGUUAGUAAACACAUAAAAAAAUCGAUAAAAUCUACGGUGACCAGUAUUGAUUGGCAUGCCAACAAUGCUCUAUUGGCAUGUGGUUCUACCGAUUUCCGAACACGAGUAUUUUCGGCCUACAUUAAAGAUGUGGAUAAAGCAAUAAGUGCCGAUGAAGUAAAAGCCACGUGGAAUGGUAAGACCGAUAUCGGUACAAUGUUGGCCGAAUUUCAUUCAUCUCAAGGUGGAGGUGGCUGGGUUCAUUGUGUGGCUUUUUCGCCGGACGGUUCUCGAUUAGCUUGGGUGUCGCAUGAUUCUAGCGUUUCAGUAGUAGAUUCUCGGAAAAGUAUGCAUCCUAUCAAUGUGCGAACUACAUUCCUGCCAUUCCUAUCAUGUGUUUGGUGUUCGGACAAUCUACUUGUUACAGCGGGUCACGAUUGUUGUCCUAUGCUCUAUUGUUACGAUGAUUAUAGUGGGGAGAUUAGAUUUUUGGCCAAAAUCGAUAAAUCGAAGAAAAAAGAAGCCGAUGGCUUCAGCGCAAUGAGAAAAUUUCGUGAUAUGGACAAACGUGCAUUGGUCGAGAAUACCGUUUCGAAUACCAUGCUCGAUACCGUCCAUCAGAACACCAUACUUGAGGUUAGACUUUAUUCGGAUUUUGAUUCGAAAUCCAGAAAAACCGAACAAGUCUCGACGGUUGGCGUUGAUGGUAAAAUGGUCAUCUGGGAUCUCAAGUCAAUCGAAUCUUCUUUGGCCAACAUGAAAAUCAAAUGAUGGAAUUGUUUGCAUGGGUCAUAUCGUGGAUCAUCAUUUUGCUAAAAUUGCUUGUUUGAUUUUAUUUGUAGCAAUCAAUGACGACACACACGCAUUCAUCUUUCUCUUUCCAAAUGUGCCUUG